AUGGCUGAUGCUGCGGUAAGAUAUUUUUGCGCGGGGAGUAUGGGAAUUUCAAGAUUGCAGAUUCUAGUUAGAUCUAUGAAUUUGCACUUCUCAUAAGGCUCUGGACUUUGUGGGCUAAUUAGAGAUAGAAAAUUAAAAAUAGCAAAUUUCUAUACUCUCGGAAUGUCCCUGAAAAUUUGAAUGAUUUAAAUACUUCAAAGCUUUCUGAUACUGAAAUAAAUAAAUACAUUUUGAAACAAAUGGAAGCCCCUAAGAAUCAUGAAAAAACAACUUCCUAGAAUUUUCUUGUGAAACUAUUUUGGUUUCCAAAAAUGUUCAUCAUCUGAAAUGUUUUCUGUCUUCUCACAACUUCCGACGUUUAUAUAGUCAGUCAAUCCACCUCGUCUUUCUUUUUCCUUUUUCCUUUUUUUUUUCAUCCAAAAAAAGUAAAAAUGAAAAGCGAAAAGUGCUCUUCGCUGCUCUUCUAACCCCCCUUUCCAUAAUAUAUGAAAAAAGAAGAAAAUUUCCAUUUUUCCAGAAAAACGCGUUGAGCUCAAUUUUCGACAAAACCAAAGAUGUGCUCUCGACAGCCGGUUUGUUUUUGUUUUCUUUUCUCAUAUUUUUUGUCGAGAAAAUCCUUUAGAAAUAUAUAUUUUCAGCUGACGCAACCAAAGGAUAUGCGAGCCAAGCUCAACAGGCAAUCGGUAAAAUAAUCCCAGGAGCAAAUCAAGAAUCGGAUCCAAAUGCCGCUGUUGCUGCUGCACAAGCUGCACAAGGACCAACUGAUGGAAGUGUUCCACCAGCACAAUAA